AUUGAGCAGAGCCAGGCACGUGCUAGUGAAAUCCUGUUGGCUAGUUCUAGCAUUUAUUUGCAUAUUUCCGUUAGGGAACGCCCAGUCUGAAGCGCGUGUGUACAAUAAUUCAAUUCGCCCUUUAAAAAAAAACUUUGGCAAAGGCUAAAGUCUACAAAACGCAGGCCGCUCUGUUUGUUACUGAUUCUUGUAAACAGAAAACUGCUCACCGAUGAAAAUGUUUAAUCGGUGAGCAAAUUUGCAGAAUUUCGGCCAAAAUCCAUCUCGCUCAAUCUUCUCCGACUGCCAUAAACCUGGCUGCCUCUCAUCACCAUAUUGGUAGUGAGUGUUAAACGCUACCGGAUGCGUCACAUUUAUACAUCCGAUGUAAUAUUGGGCUCAUUGUUCAAUGUGUGUGUGCGCGUGUGUACUCUGUGUAUGCACGCUAUAACAUUACCUGUUGCGUUGUGCGUAGCGGGUGGGACAACGCUCGUGUGCACUGCAUUGUUUUGGAUGGUGGGGGGGAGCUCGAGCAUGCAGUUGCAGCCUCCAAGCUAUAGGGAGGAAAGCCAAUUCAGAUCCAUGAGCAAAUACUUGUAUACGCAUGAUAGAACCCAAUCUAGUAUUUAGCAAGACGCAGAUGGCUCCCAACUGCAUUAUUGUCAUUUAUUACUGAAAAAGCCUGAGCAUCUCCCGUUGGAUUAGAACAUUGUUUACGCGGAAUGACAGUCUCUGAGCAGGCCACAUCGGCAUUGCUUUCAAAGGCUUUUGACAAGCUUCUAUCUGUUACAACCAGCAAAGCUGUUUCUAGCUCUGAGGUGUGUGCAUUUUUUUCCCCCGAUGCAUUUUAUCAUGGAUUAUGAAGAGCGUAGUCGGUCAGUAACCGAUUUAAUUCUGCAUGUGUUAUAGGAAGCACAGUACACAUUUAAAGGGCUCCGUUGCCUUGUUUUGUUUGACGCCAUUUGCUAACGUUAGGUUGUUAGGUAACUAACUAGCAUUAGUAGGUACAGUAAUGUUAUUGUUAGUUACUAGUCCACAUUGGCUUCCUCUGUUUGCGCUAUUCGUUGGUAUCGCUGUUUUCUUUCUUCAGCCAGCUGCUAGUUUGCUAGAAAGAACCAUAACAUCCUCCGAACGGACCAAAUGGUAAAUUAAAUGCUGCAAUUUAUCAUGGUGCAGUGUAUAGUUUGGUGGGUGGGGUGCUUGGCUCAGUUGGCUGCCACUCCUAGGUGUAACAAAGUUGGUACAAUUUUAAAAGGUUAAAGUUAACACUCCCCUUGUUCUGUGAAGAAUAUGUCCUCUCGGGCAUAGCACACGUUAUUUGAUUCGACAUUUAGAUUGUCUCUAGCAACCCAAAACAUUUCCUGUGUCUGUGUUGUAACGUUUAGGCUAUGUUAUUUACUGCGUGAUCUCGCACCUUAAAAUAUUGAAAGAUCCAUAAUAAUAACCAGACAGUAUAAAUAUAACCACUCUAAAGCGCAACGCGUUCUCCAUACAAACCCAUGCAGAGUUUUAUUUUGUUCGAACUUCGAAUUCAACUCUGAUCUUGUUAGUAGCUGACUGCACUGCUGAUAACGUUAGCAGUUAUCUCAUACUUUUGCUGUCAUGGGAAACCCGAGUUUCUUUUGAACACAAGCCAUGCCUUUUCCCCUCUAAUAUUACUACUAUCCUCUUGUCCCUCAUGCAUUUUAGUGACACACUUUUUUUAUUCUUAUGUCUUAGCAGAUGCUCACCCAGUCCCACUCGCGAUUUAUACAUUAUAGUUUCUAAUGUAAAUACAUUUCCAUAGCAUUGUUGAAUUUUAAAUCCUCAAACUGAUAUCACACAUUGUCGAUCAGCAGAUAGAUAGCUGGAAGUUGGCCCAUUCAAAUUCUUCACCAGUUGAUGCUUGUCUAGAAUGUCCUGGUGUUUGUCUCUGUGGUAAAACCAGUCAAAAAUAAUCUUUGUUUAGUUUUUUUUACUUAAUAACAUUGUAUUGUGAUGGUAAUCUAUGUCUGCUUCUGUUGUCUUCCUCAUGCUUGUUAACUUUAUUGUGUAGUAAUAUAGACUCAUCUAUGUACCUGUUUCUCUUCUUGCAGCUGUUCAGGUGUCGAAGAUGAGGAAGAAGGCUCGGCACCACAGGGUCCCCGUAACUUCUUAUGGGCAGGACGGUAGCGUCCCACCUGGCCAACAUCCGAUAAAUUUGCAGAGCGCGAAAUUCAAACUACAGUAUUAUAAAUAUUUAACUUUCAUAAAAUCACAAGUGUAAUACAUGAAAAUAAAGCUUAACUUCUUGUUAAUCCAGCUGCUAUGUCGGAUCUCAAAAAGGCUUUACGCCGAAAGCACACCAUGCGAUUAUCUGAGGACAGCGCCCUGCAUACAAAAGCAUGAAAAACAUAUUUCAACCAGACAGGUGUCCCAUAAUGUGUUUGAGUUCCUGGUGGACCGCUUUGAGAAGGAGACCCAGAUGGAGGAGGGCCAGGACAAGCUGACCAUAGACGAGGAUGCUGUCUGCUGCAUCUGCAUGGAUGGAGAUGGCCAGGAUAGCAACGUCAUCCUCUUCUGUGACAUGUGCAACCUGGCCGUGCACCAAGAGUGUUACGGUGUCCCUUACAUCCCAGAGGGACAGUGGCUGUGCCGGCACUGCCUCCAGUUGCCCACCCAGCCCGCAGGCUGCAUACUGUGUCCUAAUAAAGGCGGAGCAGUGAAAAAGACUGACGAUGACCGCUGGGGUCAUGUGGUGUGUGCCCUGUGGGUGCCGGAGGUAGGGUUUUCCAACACGGUCUUCAUCGACAGAGUCAGCAACAUUCCGUCCGCCCGCUGGAAGCUCACCUGCUACAUCUGUAAGGAGAAGGGGGUGGGGGCCUGUAUCCAGUGUCCCAAGGCUAACUGCUACAUCGCCUUCCACGUCAGCUGUGCUCAGAAAGCCGGACUCUUUAUGAAGAUGGAACCUAUCAAGGAGGUUACGGAGACCGGCGAUCCAACAUUUUCGGUGAAGAAGACGACUUACUGCGGGUCUCACACCCCCAACAGCUCGGUCACGAGACCCCUCACCAUCUACGAGGACACCAAACCCCAAAAUGGAUUGUGUUCCCCUCUGAAAGAGGAGAAGACGAGGGGCGCCAAUGCACUGAUGAAAGGCAGGAAGAUGAAGAGCAAGAAGGUGGAGCCAGAAAAUGAGGUCCCGCCUGUGGCUGUGCCUAGCUUUCCUCCCCAAAGGUUAAACACCAUCCUCAACCGGGUGUCUAUGCAGAAGAAGAAGGCGUUUGUGGAGCUGGCUCUAAACUACUGGAGUCUAAAGAGACAGGCGAGGAACGGCGUACCCCUCAUCAGACGACUACAGUCCAGCCAACAGUCCCACCAGAAGACCCAUGCUGCACAGCCGAAGGAUAGUGAGGAGGAGAGCCGGGCUCUGAAGGAGCAGCUCACGGAGUGGCAUCGUCUAAGACAUGACCUGGAGAGAGCCCGUCUAUUGCUGGAGCUCAUACGCAAGAGGGAGAAACUCAAGAGAGAAGAGAUGAAGCUGCAGCAGAGCCUGUUGGAGGUCCAGCUGACUCCCUUCAGUAUCCUGCUCAGGUCUGUACUGGAACAGCUACAGGAGAGAGACCAGGCCAAUAUCUUUGCCCAUCCUGUCGACAUCAAAGAGGUGCCUGAAUACCUUGACCACAUCAGGAACCCCAUGGACUUCUCCACUAUGAGGAAACGCAUUGACGACCAGGCCUACAGCAACCUGAAUGACUUUGAGUUCGACUUCAACCUCAUCAUCUUCAACUGCAUGAAGUACAACUGUAAGGAUACCUUCUUCCACCGGGCGGCCGCCCGUCUCCGAGACCAGGGUGGGGCUUUGAUCAGGAAGAUGCAUAGGGAUGUGGAACGAAUCGGCUUCGUGAAGGACGGUGGGAUGCACCUUUCCGAACCGCCCAAAAUCGAAGCGCCUCCGCGGUUUUCCUGGGAGGAUGUGGACCAGUUAUUGGUCCCAGCCAACCGGCAGCACAUGCCUCUGGAGGAGCAGCUGAAAGAGCUGCUGGAGAAACUGGACAUGACGUACUCCAUGAAGUCCAGUCCGUCACGCUCCAAACGCCUCAAGCUGCUCAAGAAGACCAUCAACAACGUGCGCAGUGAGAUGAGCCUCAGCCUUAGGAGGGCCUCCUACCACUCACAUUCGUACUCCUCUUCCUCCCACUGGUCAUACCAUCCAGAAAGGAGUAAAGCUGGGGAGGCAGAGGGGGUGAAGACCAAUGGACAGAGCCAUGAUAACGAGGGUAGUUUUUUUUUCAAGUUAUGUUAUCUGCAUUGGGGAACUGUGCAUGUGUGUGUAUAUACAGUUGAAGUAGGAAGUUUACAUACACUUAGGUUGGAGUCAUUAAAACUUGUUUUUCAACCACUCCACAAAUGUGUUUUCUCACUGUAUUCUUCAACAGGGGACAAAUCAUUACCUCCCAAAUUGGAACCCUCUGACUCCCUUCCUCCUUUCCUGCACUUCGAGAGUAACUCAGAACUCCCUACCCUUAAACCCAUCCACCCCAACCCCACUCCGGACAGCAAGGUCAAAUUUGACCGGGAGAAACCCAACAACACUUCCUUAAACACUACCAAGACCCUUCUCAAUGGCCACUCCGAGUCCCAGAACCCCCUGCUUCUCUUAGAGGGGGGCGUGAGUGUGGUGGCCACCUCAACCCUGACCCAUCCCUCGGGGACGACUGUCAAUCGCCGCACUGCCGUGUCAGAAAAUAAAGUGCUUAUCUUAAUGGGACUCUUAAAUAGAGAGGUAAUUGAUGAAGGGAAGGAGCUAAAAGUUGGCAAUAACAAUAUUUGGAUGCCUGCUAGUGCUGCAACAGUUGUUCUGGAGCCUCUAAAGCUAGUUUGGGCAAAAUGUAGCGGAUACCCUUCCUAUCCUGCCUUGAUUGUUGACCCCCACAUUCCCCGGGUGGGAUGCCAGCACAAAGGGGUGUCUAUCCCCAUGCCUCCCCUCGGCAUCCUCCGGGUCGGAGAACGGAUGCAGUACAAGAACGAAGAAAAACUGUUCCUCGUCCUAUUCUUCGACAACAAACGCAGCUGGCAAUGGCUUCCUAGGUCUAAGAUGGUCCCUCUGGGGAUCGACAAGACCAUCGACAAGAUCAAGAUGAUGGAGGGCAGAACAUCCAGCAUCCGUAAGGCUGUUCAGACUGCCUUCAAACGUGCCAUGAAACAUCUUAGCAUUGUUCAGGACGAACCUGUCAGCGACAUGAGUGACGUGGACUAACACACACACACCCAACCCUUGAAUUACUGCUCAUGGUCUUGUCCCGGACCUGAGCCUGGCCUACACUCCUUCCUUCUCCUCUUUGUCAGUCUUUCCAAAGGUCUAUGCUGGCUGUGUUUACCAGGUGCCUGGCUACCCCCCUGGCUUGGUAUGGUGCCCCCUUCCACGUCAGCCCUCGCCCGCUGGUCUGACGACUGCUGCUUUAAAGAAUGUGCCCCAGUUCCCCUCCUAUCUACUUUUCUCCAUGGUCGUGUUCAAGAUGCACCAAAUGGAAGAAAACAACUCACUCGUCUCGCCUUAUCAGUGGUGGAAAAAGUACCCAACUA